CCAAUCACUAUUUCCGCCCUGAACGUCGACUCGUCCCGCACCAGCGCGAUGAUUGCCAAAAUCCUCAUUGAGGAGAAGCUUGGUCUGCCCACAAACACGAUCGUCCACGAAACGUACGCAACCGCGUUUGCAUCGUUGGGUACAAACACGAACGACUUCCUCCUGGAGGCCUACCCUGCCGACGCUGAAGUCCAGUCGCUGAUGGAGCUUUACGUCAAUACGCUCCGCUCUGUCGUGAAUGCUGGUCCCUCUGGUGUGAUUGCCGAAACUGGCUGGUUUAUUCCCGAAUAUCUCUACGAAGUCAGCCCUCUAUUGGACAGCUACACUGCAAUCUACGACGAACGCAUCCAAGCCAUCUUCCGCUUGAGUUCCAUCCCGCCGGGCCUUCAGCUCGACAACUCUACCAUUCGCUCUGUUGUGAACGACAUUGACAGCAUUCUGGCCGGGCCUGCUUGCAAUGUUGCCGUCAACGCGUCCGCUCUUGCCGAGGAUUGCGCAGCUGCUGUUCAAGCAUUUACGACCUACAUGCGCGUCCAUGCCCAAUUGGACGAGGAGAGUACCCCUGGGACAAUGUGGACGGUGCCGGACUCUUGGCAGCCGAUGGAUCGCCUGCUGGUGGAAAACUUGGGCUUGAAUCUCAACGUCACCUGCCCAGUUUCCCCGAAUCUCACCGUGUCCCAGACGAUGGAUGCGAUGGUUGGAGUUAUCGGACCCGCGUACUUUCUCCGCCAGCCAUUCAUCACGUAUGCUGCCAAGCCGCACUAUGUCUUUGCAGACAACUCCCCAGCCCGAUUCCACCGCAUGCAAUUGCCCGAGUACGACUCGACCUGCAACAUUUCGAGCAGCGCCAACCGCUGCGGAUACCCCGACCAGUCCGUCAUCAAGCUCAUCUCAUCCGGCCUUGCCGGAAAGAACCCGGUCGUGUACGACUUUGCCGCCCAGUUUAGCUACUCGGGCAACGACCAAUCCAACAUUUUGGGCCAAGUCUACUUUGGAGGCCAGUCGCUGGAAGAGGCCACCUGCGAGUGGGUGCUGGCCAACUUUGCAGCAAUGGAGCCCAACCUGCCCGACCCUUCGCGCCUUGUUUCCCCGACGUCAGUGUCUUCGGCUCUUCGCAUCGCCUUUGUUGCGAUUGCCUGCUUUGAAGUGUUCAUCUUCAUCCUUGCUGCCAUCGGUGUCUUCCACUAUCGCCGCGUUCGCGUCAUUCUCUCGGGCAGCCCCACGUUCCUUCUGCUCAUGCUGCUUGGCGCCGUCUGGUCAAUGUUUUGGAUUAUCUUGAACUACCAGGAGGAGCUCUCGGAAAGCAUUUGCAUGGCACGGAUUUGGGCCCGCCACCUGGGCUUUGUCCUGAUCUACGGUGCCUUGUUCCUCAAGACAUACCGAAUUGCAAGCGUGUUCAACACCAAGUCCAGCACCAACGCGGGCCACUUGACAGACCGCGUCCUGCUGUUCCGCUUUGUGCUCAUCGUCGCCUACGGCUGCGUCAUGCUUGUGGCUUGGUCCGUCUCCCAUCCUCCCCAGGUCACCACGAUGGUGCACAACAAUGAAAGCUACGAGGUUUGUGAGGUGACAUGGUGGGACAACGCAAUGUACAUCCAAGAGCUGAUUGCCAUGUUCAUUACCGGCAUGCUGUGCUACCGCGUUCGCAAGGCACCUUCCGCCUUCAACGGAUCAAAGCGUGCAGCAAUUUCCGUGUACAACUGGAUUAUGGUUGGCGUCAUUCUGCAAAUCAUCCUCAACUCCACAACGGGUCCCGCAGACUUUUACUUUGCCGUGCAGUCGCUCGAAGUCCUCAUCACCGUGCCAAUCACCAUGCUGAUUUCAUUUGUGCCAAAGUUCUAUCUCAUCGCUCGCGGCAAGGGUGAUGGCGUGGCCACUAGCACGUACAAUCCCAGCGGAAGCCACCGCAAGACACCGUCAGGCAGUCAAAACGCCAAGGCGGCAGAGAUUGAAAUGUCUUCAGGUCACGACAGUGAAUCCGAGAAUGGAACACCAUACAGCUCGAAGGCUGCCAGCUCCGACGUCAAGGCUCUUCGCCAUGAAAACGCUCGCCUUAUGCAUGAGAUUGAAGCCAUGCGCACCCAACUUUUGCGCAUGCACAAUCCCCACGCCAUGAACAAUGCAUGAGCUUGUUGCCGUUAGAGUUAUAAAAAAAGUUGCAUGCUGUCGUCGUUGCCAAGAAAAAAAAACAAUAAACAAUGGUUUUGAAAAUGGA